AUGACAUCCUCUAAAUUACCACCGAAUCCGCAUGAUAAUUUGGCGGCGGUGGCUGGACAAAACGGUACAUUUAAAGGUAAAGAAAACCCUAGUUUUGAAAUUUGAUUUUGCUAUUUGUAGAUGAUCGAGAUCCAAAAGAAAAAACCUACCCGUGUAAGGUUUGUGGACGACAUUUUAUUAAGAGCAGUCUGGUAGGUUUUGGAACUUGAACUUUAUACCUUUGUAUGUAUGAUACUUUUAUAGAUAGGGUUGGUACUUGUAGUUUUCAAAACUAAGUUUUUGUAAUAUACUUUAAAAAUUUAUAAUAUUUUUAUUUGGAAAGUUCCCCACCUGCCCUAUUCUGACUGACUUCAAACUUUUUAUUUAGUAAGAUCAUGUCAAUAUAUAUCUUAUAUUGCAAAAUAAGAAAUGCAAUCGAGGUUAAAAAAUAAAGUUUUGAAUUCUUCACCAAAUUGGCAUUUUGUUUCAGGCUUAUAACUUUGUCAUUUUUUGGAAUUUAAACAUUUUUUAUAUGCUAGUAGAACUUUUAUAAACGGACCUACAGUUCUAAAUUUGUGCGCAUAGCUUGUGUGAAAAGCCGAAAAAAUUGUUUGAAACACAAUGCCUUUGUCAAAUUUGCGAAAAGUUCAAAUAUUUAAUUUUUUAAGCUCAAAAACGCAAGCUAAAAUUUAUUAUGGGUCUUAUUGGUGAUACAAAGAAUUUAUGUGGAAAAUUUGAGCUAAUUCUGAGCGGGGCAAAUUGGGUACUUUCCUUGUAGGCCCGGCGAAACCCGUACGGGCGAGGCCAAGCUGGGCCAUUUGAAAAUUAAAAAUUUUAAAAAAACUGAAAUUUUGGCUCACCUCUAAAAAGAUAUUGAAGUUAAUUUAUUGUGCCAAUGUUAUGUUAUAUAUAUCUUAUUUUCAGGUAAAACACGAGCCAGCCUGUAAGAAGUUAACUAAGGUACAACGAAAAGUCUUCGAUUCGGGUAAACAACGAGCACAAGGGUCUGAUAUUACUCUUCAGGCAGUACGGAAGGCUCAAAAGGAAAAAGAAAAGGUAAAAAGGCUAACGACUUUUGACUUAAUUAGGUACUAUUGAAGUCAAAAAUAUAAUUUUAAGAGUAAAAACAAGACGGAAACAACAACUAACUUUAUAACAGUAGAUUGUUUAAAUAAUUCUGUGCCUCUCUCAAAGAAAACUUUUAGGAGCAAGGGACACAGAAUUAUUUGAACAACUAAACAGUUUAAUUCAAAAAUUUUGGAAAAUUAUAUUGUUAUAGGCCGGUGGAGUAUUUCAACGGCCGAAAACUCACUGGAGAGAAAGGCACGAAGAAUUCAUUGGAGCUGUUAGUGCUUCUCGUAAAGUUGAACAUGCGCUCAAAACUGGGGCACCAUUACCACCUCCACCUAAAACCAGUGUUAAUCCAAGUAAGUAUUAUUAGGUCGUUCAAAUAAUCAUGUGCUCUCUGACGUCAAAAAUUUGCUUUGAAAGGGGGCACUUAAUUAUUUGAAAAACCUAAUAGAUGUUCUUCCAUUUUGUCAUUAUUUUGUGUAGCUUAGCGUUGUGGUUUAACAAGACCGAUAUCAAGAGAUAUUUUAGAUACUGUAAAAUGUAAAAUACGAGCCUUGAAAGCUACUUUUUUAAUAUAGAAAAACUUGUUUCAAGAAAUAUGGUAUAUAAUCUUAAGUAGGUCUGUAAAAAAGGCGGGACAGUCCCAUUUUUGGCCCACCCACCAGCCAAGCUUUGGAUUGGGCUUCGAUUCUACAUAAGUCAGCUUGGCCUCUUUUAAAAGCCUUUGGCCCGGCCCGGGCCAAACGGUGCUAAAACUAAGGAAAGGUAGACCUGCUUGUAUAUCUAACCUAGAGUUAUUUAUACUUUUGACUUUCAGACUACAUCCGAUGCGAUUACUGUGGCAGAUCAUUUAACCCAACGGCAGCAGAAAGACAUAUUCCAUUUUGCCGCGAAAAGAACGGGCGACAAAAAACGACAAUGAGUCGAAGCCAAUCAGUUGGGCGAACACAUACUUCUAAAAGUACUGUAAGUUUAUAAACAGUCUCGGAAAGUUUUCGUUGCGGGACCUAAUCUCGGCUCCUGCGGCCUUGAUUUGGGUCCAGGCUUUCAGGUCCGUAUGAUUCAACCUGGUCACUUUUAAAUUUGCUUUGGCCUGGUCUAGCUUGGCUCGCGGCUUGGCUAAGAACAGGGACUGGUCAGCCUUAGUUGGUUCCUUUUCAAUUUUAAUUUACACGUAUCAAUAGAAUAUUUUAUAGGAAAGCCGCUCACAAUCUCGUCGCCAAUCCCGAGAUCACUCCCCUAUCACCAGCCAUUCUGCAGCACUACAAUCCAGACAACGGGUACGAACAGGUUCUGGAAAGUCGCCAGCACCUGUUAAUGGACGAGUACCUACUGGAAUGCCAAAGUCUAGAGCUGGUCAACAAACGAACAGUGCUAGUCAUACUCGAACUUCUGCUUUGCCUACGCCUGUCAAGUAAGCUGCUUAUGUCUAUUAUGAAAUAAUUUUUUAGGGGUUUAAAAAGCCAUGAAGGCUCAGACGUAUUUUACACUACUCUUUUUAUUUAUUGACAAUGCGAUUUAAAAGUUUUAAAAAAGUAAAAGUUUGAAUUCAAAAUAUUUUCUUUACAAAAUAAGCUACAUAAAGCUACACUAACUUAACAAAUGCCACAACUCAGAAACAGGAUGACAUUUUAAUUGUAAUUCAUUCAGAAGAUCUCGCUCAGCCCCACGAACAACAUCCGCAGCUUCACGAGCCAGUACGGUCAAAGGAAAAAGGUUGUAAAAGUGUGCUUCUCACAGUUUGUUAUCACUUAAAGUCGGCUUAAAUUGCUUGUAGUUUGAAUGUCACACUAAUUAAACAGUUUGUAAAUAAAGUUAUUCACCAUGUUGUUCUACAUGCUUGCAGUUAUAACUUUUGAUUCUUGUGUGCUUUGAUUGGAGGUGUGCUUGACUUUUAUAUGCACUAUCAAAAAAAUUUUUAAGGCGUAAAAUAUUUUUAAAAUUUUAAACAACUUAAAUUUUCAAAGGUUUUAAAAUGUUGAAACUUUGAGAUUUAAAAAUUUGUUUGAAAUUUUGAAAUUUUUUGAACUUUUAAUUAGUUUGUUAAACUAAUUCUGUGCUCUCCUUCAAAAGCAAAUAGUUGUGGUUAGGGGGCACAGAGUUGUAUUUUAACAACCAGUAAAGUUGAUACGGAAAUGUGUAACACUCAGAAUUGGCAGAAACGACAGAUUUAUAUACUCUUUGUAGUAUUAUUAGUAUUAAUACACAUAAAAAGUUUCAACUCUCAGAAUAGAGUUUUAAUACAAAUAUGUAUGUUUAAAUUUUUUACCAAUUCGGCCACUGUUUUACUGUCUCACAUAAAAUACGUUUUCAAGAUCCAAAGUUUAAAAUAUCAAAAUCAGUGCGCCUCAGAUCAAAACCUUUCUUUAACGUUCCUUGGUGUGACUUUUUUUUAUGAGUUUGAUAUCUUUGUUAUUUAACUUCCUUUCAGUAACCCAACAACCCCACAAACUCCAAAACCGUCUACCGGUAAGCCGAAAACGCCAAAAACUCCGAAACCGAAAACUCCUGCCAAAGUAGCACCAAUAGUACCUAAAACUCCAACAGUACCAAAAACUUCAAAAACCCUAUCAAAAGCUGCCAAACAACCUAAAACACCAAAAAUCCGGUCGAAAAGUCGAUCGCCAAUGCUAGAACUUCGUGAGCUGAAUGGAUUUGCCCUAGCUGCACCUUAUUCCAAGGAUUCUGAACGAAGUAAAAGCAGAAAUGGCAUUAAGAAGAGUGGAUCAAGCAAGAAUAUAAUGGAAAUUGAGAGGAUAUCGACCAGAAAUGGGUCGAAAAAAGUCAAAUCCUAA